AUGGAUCCCAACCAAGCACCCCGUGACAAUGAGGAUUUUCCCCCUGAGGAAGACUCGUUCAUUGUUGAUCUCCGAAAAGACGAACCUGUGCCUGUGGUGGACCCCUUGAAGAACCUUGAUGGUGUGGUCCAGCACGUUACUUUGGACCAGUACCAGCAAGACAGGGAUUACUGUGAAUACGUCCUUAACAAGCUCAAGAUGGUCGGAUUCGAUCUCCUUCGCAAGGCCCAGAACAAGCUUCUCCGAGUGAAUGCCAUUCGUGUCAAAGAUGGGAAGAAGAAGAUUGGUGAGUUCGUUUAUGCGUAUGACAUUACCGGUACCUGGUUUGUCAAAUACGUGGACGAAGAUGGGAAUCGUUCGCCCUUUCCUUUCAUCAAUGGACCACUUGACAUGGACUUCUUGAACCGACUCUUGAAGAUGAAGAUCAUCCUUCCUGAUCCCUUCCUUGAGAAUAGGUUCACCACCGUUUUCUGUGAAGCCUUCGGCUUCAACGAGGAGAAAUACAUGCACGCCUACCACCGUUUCCUUGGAGAGGUGGACCUGUACAGCGAAGGAUUGGACGAUCAGUUUGGAAGUGAUGAGGACAGUGAUCCUAUCACUGCCACACUCAAUCGAAUUGACAAUCUUCCGACUGGUUCCUCUCCCACUGGCUCUUCCUCUGCCACAUCAGAUUCUGUGGGAACCCGUACUCCUUUCCGUCGAGUUUCCCUUUUUGGUUACCCUCAAGCUGUCGGCUGUGGAGACACCUCACCUAGUUCUUCAAGCGGUACAAGCGGUACUGACAUCACUUCUGGUGACACUGUGCAAUCGCCAGUUGCCAGCCCUUCAACCAACAGGGAUGACACUUCAAGUUCUGGUGGUAGCGAGAACUCACCAGGGGCCAGUAGUUCUGAAGAUGAAAUCUUGCUCCGUUCGAAGAAAUGGCACUUGUCCCAGGAGGCCACUGAAGAGACCGAUGACGAAGAUGACUCCCCAGAAAAGAAUCCCGAAGACCCAGUGGCCAAGAAAAGUUCCAGUGGUUCCGAUGGUGACCUUUCCGAUGGCGAGGAAGAAGAAAACGAAGAAUCCGAAGCCAACCAGGACGAAAAAGAAGAGGAAGACAAUGAUGAGAGCCCAAAGAAGAAGCAGAAGACUGGUGGCAGCGACAAGGAAAAUGAGGAAGAAGAAGACACUGUUAAUGGUGACGAAGAUAAUGACAAUGAAGAUAAUGACAAUGAAGAUGACAACAAUGACAAUGAAGAUAAUGGCAGUGGUGCUGGUGCCUCGGUUGGAUCUUUUGGUGGCGUCCUCCUCUCAACUGGCAGCUGGUCGUAUUGA